UUAGCUCUUGUGGCAGUUGUAUUAGUCCAGCGGAAAUGAGUGGAUUACGCAAAAGAAGCCAUCGCGAAGACGUGAGCCUGUCGCAAGCGAAGCGAACGUGUAUAGAGGCCAACAACGACGAACGUGAUCCAAACGCGAUCGAUGAGGUCCAAACUGAAGAGUCAGAGGAGGUACGGAACGGUAAGGUUCUUCGGAUGGUGCUGAAGAACUUUAUGUGCCACCGGCAUAUGGUGGUCGAAUUCAACAAGCGCGCCAAUUUGCUGGUCGGUAAAAAUGGUAGCGGCAAGAGUGCUAUUCUUGCGGCGAUGACUAUCGGCCUUGGUUGUAACGCAAUGCAGACGAACCGAUGCUCCAGUUUGAAAGAUCUUAUUAAGCACGGCGAAUCACAGGCAGUCAUAGAGAUUCAUCUUGAAAACGCAAACUUUGAUUCCUACGAACGGGAGCGCUACGGUAGUCGCAUCGUGUGCGAGAGAACAAUAAAUGCGAACGGUGGUGGAUCGUACAAAUUGAAAAACGUCAACGGUCACACUAUUUCGACGAGCCGCAGUGAACUCCAAAAGAUACUAUUGGCGUUCAAUAUACAGGUGGAUAAUCCGAUCUGUGUAUUGAACCAGGAUUUGGCCCGUUCUCUGUUGAAAGAUUCGGACGAAUCGAAACAAUAUAUGUUUUUCGCCAAAGCGACGCAGAUCGAUACGAUCAAGCUGAAGCUGAACCAGUGUGCGAUCAUUGCCGAGCAGCUGCACCACAUACUUUCGGUACGAGAGAAAGGCCUCAAGUACCUGCGCCAAGAGGUGGAUGUGCUGGAGGAAAAAUAUAGGAAUCUAGCAUCCGCGGGAAGGUUGGGCGAGAUGCUGAAGGACCUACAGGCACUACUCGCCUGGCGAACUGUCGCCGAUCAGGAGCAGAAAUUGGCCGAAGUCGAUCAGGAGAUCGAGAGGCUGCGUGAAUCCAUCCGAGAGAAGGAGGAUCGUAUCGCAAAUCGUGGAACACUCGUUGAGGAAUCCAAUCGCACUGUACAGAUGUUGCGGGUCGAUAUUGAGGGAAAGAAAACGGAGUUUUCUACGCUCAAGGCCGAUUACAUGAAAUUGCGGCAAGCGAUGCAAGAUGCGUUGACUCAACAGGCGAGCAUCGAGAGAUUGAAGGGAAAGAUAUCGGAUCGGCUGGUACGGAUGCAGGAAGAGAUACGAGGGAUAGAGCAGGAGCUAAGUGAUCGGAGUAAAAGUGGUAUGAGCCAGGUGGAACAAGAAAGACAACAAGCUGAAAGGGAGCAGGCGGGACUGCACGAACGGUUGGCGGAGUUGUCGCAGCAUAUCGAGAAAGUUCAGGGCGAGUUGGCGACAAUGCACAACGCCCUUAUGCAGCUGAAGGAUACUCGUGAGCAGCGCCAUCAUGAGCGUAUCGCAAAGCGCUCGCAGGUUGCGAGUCUCGAAGAACAGCUAGAGCAGCUGAAACGAGCGCCUCGUAACAAGCUGGCUAUCUAUGGACCCAACAUGCCGGCACUCGAUACUCGCAUUCGGCAGCUACAUCGGGAGGGCAAGUUUUCCGAGCUGCCACGAGGUCCGCUUGGUCAGUACAUUGAGGUGCGUGACCGCAAGUGGGUCUCGAUCGUCGAAACUGCGUUGGGUAGCAGCUGCCUUUCUGCGUUUUUCGUUGCCACGCAACAAGACUGGAAAACGCUGGAUGGGCUGCUGAGACGCGAGUUUCCGGAUCUGCUCAAAUGUACAAUCUUUACGGGACGCUUCGCUAAAGAGCUUUACGAUGUGCAGCAAGGGUGCGUGCAGGAGUUGGAUGGGACGCACAUGCUCAUGAAUCUAAUCAAGGUUGCCGAUCCGGUCGUGAUGAAUCGGUUAAUCGAUAGCGCAGCGAUCGAUACGAUCCUCGUUACCGAACAGCAGAGCAUUGCGAUUCAGUUAACGAGCGAAGUAGAAAAUGUGCCCGAAAAUCUGUCCAAAGUGAUCGUGACGGAACCGUGCUCGGAGUUCUACCCCCAGCCACGGUACCGCAGUUACGCCAUACAGCUCAAACCGGCUCGUUAUCUACAGGUCAGCAUGGGUGAGCUGAGACAGCGGACGGAGCGGCAGUGUGAGGAGCUGCGUCGUGAACUAGUAGAGCUGAAUGCUUCAGCAGAGGAAGCACAGGAGGCGCAGCAAAACCAAACACGUGAGCUGCACAAUCGGCGGAAAGUACUAACUGAUUUGCAACAGGAGCUGCAUACGGUGGAACAGCGGAUAGAGCAGCUCGCAUCGCUCGUAUUUGUGGAGGAAACCGAAGAAACGACCUUGCGUCGCGAAUUGGAAGAGCUUCAGGCGGAAUCGGUGAAAUUGCGCGAAAAGCUGGAAACCGAGCGUGAUUCUCUGGAAGCGAUACAGGCAGAGGUUCGAACCAAAGAGCAAGCAGUGCUGGAGAAGAAGAAGUCCAUGGUCGAGAUCGAGAAUACGAUCCGUGCUAUUCAGCUGCGCAUCGAAGAUGAGCAGCAAAAGCGUCAGGAUCUCCAGACAAAUGAACAGAUGAAACGGCAAUCGCUGCAGCGCUGCGAGGAUGCAAUACGUGAACAGAUGGCGGCGCGAAGUACCGUAGAGGAAGACGUCGAAAAAGCUCGAGCGGAAGCACUUACCAGGGGCAGUCGCGUUGAGACGACGGAAACGGUGGAGCGAUUAAAGCAACAGAUACAUUCUACCGACAAACGCAUACGGAAAAUGACGCAAACGAAUGACAACAUCGAGGAAAUUAAACAAAAGCUGGACCAGAAGUUAGUCGAACGGGAUGAAGCGGUGGACUAUACAGAGAAGCUUCGAGAUAUCAUGUCGUUGCUAAACAACACACGCGAAAACCGCUUCGCCUACCUAGAGAAGCUAAUCUCGCAUAUGUCAUUGCGUGUGAAGCACAAGUUUAAGACCAUCAUGCAGUUGCGCAGCUACGUAGGUUCGAUGAAGAUAAACCGUGAAGCGGAACAGCUGACCCUAUCGGUGGUGCCCCGUGAUGCGAAGGUGCAGAACUCCGUUUCCUCGACGAAAUCACUAUCCGGCGGUGAACGUUCGUUUGCCACCGUUGCCUUCCUGAUUGCGCUUUGGUCGUGCGUAGAUACGCCGUUCUUUUUCCUGGACGAGUACGACGUGUUCACCGACCAACUGAAUCGGCACACGAUGACACAAUUGCUGGUAAACGAAGCGAGCAAGAAACCGGAUCGACAGUUUUGUUUUCUCACACCACAGGACAUGAGUGAGAUCCAGGCGUCUAGCGAUCUGACAAUCCAUAGAAUGGAUGAUCCUGAGCGUUGCUAAUCGUAGGUAGUUGGCUUGUGUGAGACUUACCAAACCUGAUGUAAAAGGGGACCCCUUUCGUGGUUGCUUUAUUUCUGUCGUGGCAUCAAGCGUUUGCUUCCUGUACCGUUCAAUCUAUUGAGAUUCCAUAUCCCACUGUUAAAAAGUAUUCUAUUUGCGCGUUUUAAAUGUCAUUUUUGGGUGCCAUACUUACGGCUCUAUAAUAUAUUGUUUGCUCUAGUAUAACCAUUCAUCAAACAAACUGUUUGUCGAAACGUUGUCUUUCGGAAUGAAUAAGGACAAUGCUGACCUUUUCGAACGUUCCAGUCACUCAUGGUUGGUACAUAUUUGCCGCUGAAGAUCGCUACCACAGACUCUUCAUCACCAGGUUUGAUGCAUUCCUUCUGGAAAUUGACUGUUCUGUUCGAUUGACCGACCGACCGACCGGAAGUGUACGGGAAAAAUAAAACUCAUAAACUUAUAUAGAAUGCGGCA